CACGGCUCUUCAGACCUAAUCAUCUUCUUCUUCUUUCCAUUCCCAACCGUUGUUCUUCAUUUCUUCAUACAAUAGCUCUAAUCGGAACUCGGAAGCACUGAUCAGUCUCCGUUCAGAGGAGUUUAUUAUUUUGGGCAGCCCAAACCUCAAAGGGCCGGGACUGCCCUUAGGUCAACAGAAAUGCCACCGCCAGUGAAGUCUCAGCAGCUACGAGCCCUCUUUCUUCGCCGUGUCUCCUCUUCAUAUCGAUCUUCGGAUCACCCCUAUAGGCUCCUACCUUUACUUCAACAUUCUCCUUCUAGUCGCUUUCUCCUGUCACCAGCCCAACAACCCCAUGUUCACUUCUUCUGCACCGGUUACUCUCUAGCUUCAUCCUCUCGGUUUCCAAGCUUCAGGCUAUUCUCUUCUGAUGCCAUUUCUGACCCAAUUGACAGCGAAGAGGAGAUCGCGAAGUCUAUCUCCUCCGAGCUUAUCAAGGAUCCAGAAUCCGAUUCCCUCUCAUUAAACCAACGCCUCGAUCUCAAUUUCUCGCAUAUUACUCUGACUCCUUCUCUUAUUCUGAGAACCCUCAACGUUUCCCCGGAAGCGGGUCGCUCAGUCCUCGAAUUCCACAAAUGGGUCUUUUCAAGACCGAAUUUUAAGCCCACCGACGAGAUGUUAUCGUACUUUGUCAAUUACCUUGGCCGCCGUAAAGAUUUCAAGGCAGUGUAUGAUUUUCUUGUUGAGGGUCGCGGAGUUGUGGGCGAUAAAUCCCUAGAAGCUUCUCUAGAUCGUCUUGUCAGGGCAGGAAGACCGACUCAGGCUGUAUCUUUCUUCGAGAAGAUGGAAAAAGAAUAUGGCUUCCCUAGAAAUCGCGAGUCUCUGAACUUGAUCGUUUCUAAACUAUGUGAAUUUGGUUUUGCUAGCUACGCCGAGAAAUUGGUGAAGAGUUUGGCGAACGAGAUUUUCCCAGAUGAAUAUAUAUGUGAUACUUUAAUCAAAGGAUGGUCUGUGGACGGGAAACUGGAAGAAGCCAAGAGAUUGACUGAAGAGAUGACCCGUGGAGGAUUUGAAAUUGGUCCCGGGGCUUAUAAUGCAAUUCUGGAUUGUGUUUGCAAGUUGUGUAGGAAGAAGGACCCAUUACGUCUCCAUUCAGAAGCAGAGAAGAUCUUGAUCGAAAUGGAUGUUGCUGGUAUUCCUAGAAAUACAGAAACAUUCAAUGUGUUGAUCACUAAUUUAUGUAAAAUCAGAAAAACUGGGGACAGUUUGGAUUUGUUUCAUAGAAUGGGCGAAUGGGGAUGUCAUCCGAACGAGACUACCUUUCUUGUUCUUAUCAGGAGUUUGUAUCAGGCAGCGAGGAUCGGUGAAGGAGAUGAAAUGAUUGAUCGAAUGAAAUCUGCAGGAUUCGGUAACGCUCUUGACAAGAAGGCUUAUUAUGGAUUUGUGAAGAUUCUGUGUGGUAUUGAGAGGAUUGAACAUGCAUUGACGAUAUUUGGUAAAAUGAAGGAUGACGGUUGUGUUCCUGGGAUCAAGACUUAUGAAUUGUUAAUUAAAAAGUUUGCUACUCAUGAUAUGGUUGAAAAGGCAAAUGCUCUAUUUAAGGAAGCAGCAAAUUUAGGGCUUCCUGUUGAGUCAAAUGCGUAUAAGCUGGAUCCUCGGUUUGUGAAGGAGAAGAAGCCUAGAGCAUUGAAAAAGGAGAAGAAACGUGAGACAUUGCCAGAAAAGAUGGCUCGGAAGAGGAGUCGUCUUAAGAAAAUCAGGUUGAGUUACGUGAAGAAGCCGAAGAAGGGCGCUAAGCAAAGGGCAUAUUAAGGUAAGGUAUUUUUACUUUGUUAACUGUCAUUGAGUUCUCUCUAAUUUGGUCUUUCCUGGAUUCAUAUUUCCCAUUUUAGAUGGAAUCUUGAGAGCAAAGCUGCUUCUUGCUUAUGUUGUUGAUUGAUUGAUUCUACAAAUGGAUUAGAUUUCAAAUGAUUUGGAUUUGCAUCAGCAUUUUGUAGGCACUUUUCAAUAAUAAACUGCAUUAGAAUUUAGAACCACUCAACUUCUUAAGAUAUGAAACUUUCAUCGAGAGCUUGUUUAUUUAAUAUGGAAUAUUUCU